AAGAAUGACACCCACGUUUACCAACGCGAAAGAUUGAAUGAAACAACGUACACGUAUGGAUCAGAUAUGCUUCACAAGGUUAAUCUUUAUACCGGCUGAUAUGAAAAAGUUGAUCACGUGGUCGUAGGGCUUGAUAGAAAAUUCCACUCUCCAGGUACAAUUUUCCAAAGAGCAAGACUCUUUUCAAUCUCAGCUCCAAAAUCAGACGUUAUCGUGCAAGAGCAGUGUUUCACACCUCGUAUCAGUUAUCAACAAAGACGUCAAUCUUUACCGCGCCGGGGAUUUUUUGGCUCUAAUUUGGCCUGGCUGGAGUUUGGCUCAAGUGAUGCGGGGGCGGGCUCAAGUAAUGCGUCAGCGGCUGACUUCAACCAGGCUUCUCUCUGAAGAAACAUGGCGGACGUUAGUGGAGUGUUUCUGAAUACUGUUCGUGGUGCGCUUGUAGUCGCAGAAGCUGAAAUUUCGGGCAAAGAUGGUCAAAUUAAUAACAUAAGCGAAGCCCUAGAUGAUAUAAGAGGGUUGUUGGCACCAGUUUCGGUUCGACACUUCAAUAACCGAACCGGUUUUAAGCACAUCGUGGGAGAUUAUUUCCCAAUGUUUCAAAGGCAAGCCAUGGAUUGGCUUAAGACAUUUCAGCGACAAAUGUCUCCACGAUGUUCCGUCAAACACGCCUGGCAGGUAGUUGUGAAGGAAAAACUGCACAGAGAGCUUUUUCAAAUUUUAGAAGCUAUUGUUUCGCGGAAAAAUUUCGAAGUUAUAGCUGACCGAACACGAAAGAACUGUGUGUUUGCUUUCACCUCUCGUAACAGAGUGAGAAAGGUAUUUUCUGAUUGUACUGAUCAAAAUCUGAGUAAAAAUACCUUUUUGAAAAGAAAAAUUAAAGGUAACAAGCGCGUAGAAGCAAUCAUAAGUUCGGAAAAACAAUUUGGAAUAAAAUAUUCCUACAAAAAAGAAUUAAUCACCAUUGAUUUUCAUUAUGGCUACUGGAAUGAGCAUGACUGGCCGCAGCAUGUGUAAAGUGAACAGCAACUACGAUCACUCCUUUUAGUCUGAUAUAUUUAAUAUACUUUUUUAGAUCUGCAAUGUAUAUUUUUUAUUUUUCAUUUAUAACAUACACAUUGCUAUAAUUAUUUUUAAUAUUUCAAAAUUUAUGUUCUCUUUUGAGAAGGAACUCAAAGACAGCUAGAUAUACAUAUAUCUUUUUAAAAUUUUGUAGUCAACUAUUAUAAUUGU